AUGAAUUUUCAUAAAAUUCCAGAUGGAGCGAUAAUCACAACCACAACUACGUCUACAACUGUUGUAUCGGCCUAUUGGUCAUUUGAUAAUAAUACAAAUGAUUUAUAUGGUGUUUAUGGUGGUUCAAUAGUUAAUGGUGCAUCAUAUCUAUCACCAACCACAUCCCCCUAUGUUUAUUCCGGUUCUGAUCAAGCAAUUCGACUUCAAUCAACAUCAAAUCAAUCGGUUUCAGUUUCAACAUUUUUUAAUCUUACCUAUACAAGUUUUACAGUUGAAGCUUUUUUUUUUAGUAGAUUUUUUGCUGUAGAGAGUGUGAUUCUUGAGCAAUAG